AUGUCGAUUUGUAUACUUUGGGAUGCAAGUUUAAGUCGAGCUAAUCCUGAAAAUCGUAAUCAUGAAAUUAGUAUGCUAAAGAUGAUAUUAAAUACUUGGAAAUUGAAUGGUAAUAAUAUCAAUUUAACUAUUGUUGUUUUUCGAAAUGAACUUGAAGAACCACGUUCAUUUAAUUUACAUGAACAGGACUAUUGGUCUCAACUUGAUCAGUUUUUAACUAAUCUAUCAUAUGAUGGUGCAACAAAUCUAUUUCAACUAGCUACACUUUCAACUACCAUUCCAAAUACAACACAUUAUUUUUUAUUUAGUGAUUGUCUUUCGACUGUUGGUAAUGAUGAACCAACCCUAUUGAAUAAUUUGACAACAAAACCAAUAUGGAUAUUUAAUGCUAAUUCUGUAUAUGAGCCAACUAAUAUUGCUGUUAAUUUUAUUAUUUCAAAUCAAACACAUCGUAAAGAAUUAAAGAUCGAUAAAGUAGAUUCAACAUCUGAAAAUUAUGGAUUAUUACGACGAUUAUAUGCUAAACAAAUGUUAAGUGAAUUAAGUGCAUUUCCAGAAAAAAAUAAAAAGCGUAUUUUAGACAUUGGUUUGAAAUAUACACUUGUAAGUAAUUUUAUAUCGAUACUCGUCCUAGAAACAUUACAACAACAUAUCGAACAUAAGAUAUAUCCACAUCAAUCACGUAGAAAAUUAUAUAACGAUUAUAUAACUUGUCAAAAUAAUAAAAAACAAGAAGAAUUAACUAAAAAUCAAUCAAAACUAACAGCUGUCUUGAAUUUAUGGCAAACACUUUGCAGUUGGGAAUACUGUAGAAUGACACGAAGUCGGUCUCGAUCACGACCUUCUACUAUGGUCAGCCGUGACUAUGCAAUAGAUGAUGGUUCAUUAGAGUUCAUCGAAGAUACAAUGCACUACAGACGAUUUGAUGAAGCAGAAAGGACAUCACUCUUAUUCAGGGAUAAUUCUGACAUGGAAAUGGGUAACAGUUUUGGCGAUGAUUACGAGGAGGAAGAAAACUCUCACUACCGAUCAUCAUAUUCAAGAAGACGUUUAUCUGAUGAUAACCUUGCUGCUACUAAUACUGGUAGUAAUACUCAAACGAUUACUCUUCAAAAUUGGGAUCCACAAACACCAUACAUGAACAAAAUUAAAUCAAGUACUAGUUUACAAACAGCUUAUCAAAUUUAUUUAAAUGAACGUCAAUCAUAUUCUAAAUCACCAUCAUUUUAUUUUGAUAUAGCAUCAUAUUUUUUCUUACAAGCUCGUUCUUCAAAUUCAAAACAAUCAUCAAUAAAUGUAUUUAAUCAAUAUUAUGCACAGUCAAAUUAUAAUAUUUCAAAUGAGUAUCAAUAUUUUGGUUUACGUAUUCUUACAAAUCUUGUUGAAUUUAGUCUUUACAAUUUAGCUGAGAAUAUUUUUCGACAUAUUGUAAAUUUGAGAUCGGACGAACCACAAUCAUUUCGAGAUCUAGCAUUAUUAUUACAAGAAUCUAAUUCUGAAACAAAGAACCUUAUAGAAAUAUCAGAUCUAUUUAAGAAAGUUAUAUUUGGUGAAUGGGAUAAUUGUUAUUCAGAAAUUGAAGUUACAACAUUGCAUGAAUUGAAUUGUUUUGUAUUUCAAUUUCAUCAACAACAACAAAUAUUGAAUUCGAUUGAUAAUCGUCUUCUUCGUCAUUUACCUGUUGACUUAAGAAUUGUUAUGGUUUGGGAUACAAAUGAUACAGAUGUUGAUUUACAUGUUAUUGAACCAACGGGUGAAGAAUGUUAUUAUUCUCAUAAAAAUACAGCUAUUGGUGGUAUGAUAAGUCGUGAUUUUACAACGGGCUAUGGAUCAGAAGAAUAUCUUGUUCGAAAGGCAGUCAAAGGUACAUAUAUAGUUCGAGCAAAAUAUUUUGCUAAUCAUCAACAAAGUCUAACGGGUGCAGCAACAAUCAUGAUACAUAUUUAUAAAUAUUAUGGACAAUCAAAUCAACAAAAAGAAAUUGUUACAUUACGAUUGAGUAGUAAUCAGGAAAUGAUCGAUGUAUGCAAAGUGAAAUUCAAUGAUGAUAUUCAACAAAUUUCAAACAAUACAGUAACGAAUAAUCAAAAUUUAAAUACGAAUAUUCAUUUAUAUGUGGCGUGUGAUGGAUGUGAUAUGUCACCAAUAAAAGGAGAUCCUUACAAAUGUUUAUUUUGUCCCGAUAUUGAUUUUUGUCAAUCAUGUAAAUCUAUUAGUAGAACAAAUCAUAAUUCGAAUCAUCCAUUAUUAUGUAUUAAAGAUUCCAGUGAAUAUCCAAAGUCAGUUUAUUUAAAUAAUCAUAAUAAAAUCAAUCAUAAGAAUAAUCAAUGUAAUUCAUGUUUUAUGAAGCCGAUUAUUGGUAUUCGUUAUAAAUGCACUUGUGGAAUUAAUGUGAAAAAUGUGAAUUCAUGGGUUUACAUGAUACAGAUUAUCAUCGUACAAAAAUAG